AUGACCCUCUUAUCUACUCUUACCCUCGCUAUUGAGGCCUUCCUGAUCUACGCCGUUUCGUGGGUCGUUUGGCGCACACUCAGGCAGUAUGUAGUCCAAUCAUGCUUGGAUAACAUUCCAGGACCACCCUCUGUGUCCUUAUGGAAAGGUAAUCUGGGACAGAUCUUUGAUACAAACGGGUGGAAUUUCCACUUAAACCUCGCAAAGAAAUAUGGACAGGUCGCGAAAGUUCAUGGGUUAUUUGGAGAUAAACAACUCUACAUUUAUGAUCCGAAAGCAAUGCAUCAUAUCAUCGUCAAAGACCAGGAUAUCUACGAAGAGACCUCCCUUUUCAUUCAGAGUAAUCUCGUUAUAUUCGGACCCGGGCUUUUGUCAACUCUAGGUAGCCAUCAUAAGAAGCAACGCAAAAUGCUCAACCCCGUGUUCUCCAUUGCACAUAUGCGCCAGAUGGUCCCGACAUUCCACAAGAUUUCCAACCAGCUACGAGACUCCCUUACCCAGAGAUGUUCUGACGGUCCACAAGAGAUUGACAUGCUGCGUUGGAUCAGCCGCGCUGCCCUUGAACUGAUUGCCCAAAGCGGUCUUGGACAUUCGUUCGAUUCUCUUAAAAAAGACGAACUCCCCCACGCAUACAUCGUAGUCAUGAAGAAGCUGCAGCCAACAAUAUUCAGUAUGGUGAUUGCUCGUAAUUUCCUCCCCUGGCUGGUAAAAAUUGGAACACCUUCCUUCCGACGAUGGGCCAUCAGCUUGUCUCCGUGGAAGAAGCUUCGCGAAAUAAGAGAUAUGGUAGACUUCAUGCAUGAAACCUCUCUGGAAAUAUACAACUCGAAGAAGAGAGCUAUUGCAGAAGGGGAUGAAGCCGUUCUGAAGCAGGUUGGACAAGGCAAGGAUAUAAUGAGUAUAUUGAUGAGAGCCAAUUUGGAGGCCUCGGAUGAAGACAAGCUCCCAGACGAGGAACUUCUUGCCCAGGCUUUGUCUUUCAUGACACACUUCACCGAGCCUAUACCUAUCUACAGGACAUUAACUUUCGCCGCCGUGGACACAACUUCUGGUGCCCUCGGUCGUACUUUGCACUUAUUGUCUGAGCACCCAGAAGUCCAAGCUAAGGUCAGAGAAGAGAUCCGGACGGCCAAAGAAAAGUUUGGCGGUGACUUGCCCUAUGAUGAGCUCGUCUCGCUUCCCUACCUGGACGCUGUGUGCCGCGAGACUCUUCGCCUGUACCCUCCUAUUUCGUAUCUCUCUAGGACAACUCGCAAGGAUACUGUGCUCCCGCUCCAGGACCCAAUUCGGGGCAUAGAUGGCAGCAUUAUAUCAGAAAUCCCUAUACCAAGCAACACAAACGUCAUUGUCGGUCUUCGCGCUUCCAACACGAACCCGCAGUUGUGGGGAUCGGACGCUUUGGAAUGGAAACCUGAACGAUGGCUUUCACCCCUUCCGGAUGCCCUCCAAGAAGCACACGUACCUGGUAUUUACUCAAACCUGAUGACGUUCUUGGGAGGGGGUAGAGCUUGCAUCGGAUUCAAAUUCUCGCAGCUAGAAAUGAAGGCCGUACUAUCUGCCCUCAUGGAGACUUUCGAAAUUUCGACGUCCGCAACUGAAGAGAUUGCUUGGAACAUGACUGCUAUUGCAACGCCAACUAUCAAGGGGCCGACGUCAAUGAUGCCACAACUUCCGCUGACGUUGGCACUAGCUAAAUAG